AUGUCGCCUCCGCCGUCGACACCGGUAAAGGUGCCGUCCUCGGCGGCAACUUACACGCCGGCUACGCUAGACACCGACCUCAGAUCGCAGAUCAAUUCUCUUCUGAUCAAAGACGGACACAUUGAAAAGAUACAAGAGACCCUCCUCCACUCCCUCAACUCGCACCCCUCGAAUUGGCCCACGAACGUCCAGCAACAUGCACUUCAACUGCUACGGAGCGGCGAGGUCUCGACCUUCCCCGCCCUGAUACGCCGCGUCCUCGAAGACGUCCGCCACGACAUGCAGGCCAAGGCCGGCGACGACGCGACCAAGAACGGGACCGAAGUCAAUGGGGCGACCACCAACGGCAAGUCCAAGGCCGUAAACGGGACAAGCAGCGAGAACAGCCUGGCAAUACCUAGUGUCAUCGUAGAUGAUGUGCUCAAGGUCGCCCGAGAGAGCCUCGGGGCCGUGUGUGAGAUCGACGAGGCGGGGUCGUGA